UGCCAAGACUGGCUUAAAAAUAUCACUCUGGUUGUAGUGCCUCUCUGAAAAAUUAUAUUCUGUUGUUGGAUCACUCUCGCUCUCUACAGUGGUUAAAAUUAAAAUACUCGUAUGUUUAUGCUUCACCUGUAUAAAACAUGCUAGACUAAGGAGGCCCAGCAACAAGUAACAACAAUAACUGCGGACAGCAGAAGCGACGGAAGAAGUAGUAAUAAUCAAGUACAUACAUAUGUACGAAUGUAUGUGUAGAUGAAUGUGUGUAUGUAUGUUGACGGCAAAAGGCAACAGCAAUACAACACAGCCGAGUGAGGUCCGUCCGCAGCAAAGCAGCGCUGUCCAAUCAGUCUGAACUCGGUUACCGACAACGAUGAAACAUACUAAAGAGCCUGCGUGUGGCUUAGUAUUCAGCAUUACUUGGACUCGUUGACGUUAAGAAAAAAAUAAUUUCAACAACAACAAUUUGCUUAAUUUGCAUGUAUACCUGUAAAAGAAAAGAAAGUGAGUAAUUUAUUUGUUGAAAGAGCAAAAAGAAUCUUAAGGAAAUAUUUACCCAAAGCAAUGUGCAAAGUGACAAAGUAAACAAAGGAUGUUGGGUAUUUUUAAUUUUUUUACCUUUCGCAUAUGACUUUUAUUAAAAAAACUAAUUUGAUAAAAAUAAAACAAAUCAUAGUGAAAAGUUUUAGUGUUCAUAUACUUGAAAUUUUCUAUAAAAAAAUAAGUAACUAUUAAUCAAAUGUAUGCAGAGUUUAUAGAAGAGUGUUUUAAAUGCAUACGGAUAUUAUAAAGAGCAAUCAGUGUGUGUCUUCAACAAAUUAUUGGGCAAUGCAGUCUCCGAAUAUGACUAUCGACAUCAGAUGGGAUGGGUCAUUUUCAGUACAUCGAACCAGAUGUUGACCUUGAGCAAUAUCCGCUGCACCGCAUCAUCAUCAGCAACACCGCAAAGCAAUCAAAGUAGUAUAAAUUCUCUGGAUCAUUGUCAGCAAUAGCAAUUACAACAACACAAUACCAGUAGUAGUAGUAGCAAUCAUGAGCACUCCGGCUAUGUGCAACAUUCAUGUGCGGUUUAUGUACCCGCUGACACUACCACCUCACCGCACGCUUAUGAGGCGAUGGUGCAACGGUGGCGUAUGAAAUAGCCACGGCAUAUAGCUCAACUGGUGCGGCAGAGUUGGUGAGUAGCAGCCGAUAAGGAAUAAUUCGGUGAGUUUUCCGAAUGCGCUCAUGUUCAAAGAUGACGUCAAUGGGGGCAACUUGAAUGCGAGCUACGGUUAUGGUUGGCACAUCAACAAUCAGUCGUAACACCCCAAACAGGCCACCACCAAGGAAGAACUCACCGCCGCAUCAGCAAUCGCAGCAGCAACACCACCAGCCAACGCAAUUAAAUCUGCAACUUUGUCCACCUGCUGCACCGACCGGCGACAAUGCAAUGUCAGCGCGACAUAUAUUUUUGAAGCCAUUAACACCACCGAGCUCAGAUCCCGGAAAACCGUAGAGUUCAGCAGCAGCAGCAGUAGGGUUGGAGAAGCUGCGCGUACUCGUACAUCAUUGUGAUUUUGAUUUUGUGUUAAUACUGAAGUGCAAUUGUUAAAUAUGUGUUAGUCUGUUGUAGAAGAAAAUAAACAAGGGGAUUAUUAUUUAUAAAUAA